CUUGAAUAGGCGUAUUUUUUAAACAUGUGUGUAGACUUAAUUUAUCUUUGCAGCAAUAAUAUUGUAAAUUUCACAAAUCGGCCAAAUCGAAAUAAUUGAUGAUCAUCAUACUUUUGGUGAAACCAGUCGAUUGUUAGCCUUUUCGUAAAAAUUAUUUAUUUAAUACAGCAUGCACAUUACCCAAGUGCAGAUAUCAUCUAUGGAAGAAAAUAUAAAAUGACGAGAACAGUCAUCCUUUUCAGACUAUGGCGUAAUGGUGAUGUACAUGAUUAAGCGCAAUUCGGCUGUUUAAAAAUUUAUCAAGUAAAAAGACCACAACUUUUUUUUGUUGUUGUAUUACUUCUUUAACUAAAAGAGUUUUUAAUGACAAUAGAAUACCCCAUUGCAGUUUCCAUACUCGCCUCCUACUUCGUACUAAUUGCUGGGCUCACUUGGCGAGUAGCACCCGAUAUAAAGCAUAGCAUUAAAAACCAUUCGCUAGGUGUCAUUAUUUUUUUAUGUCUCGCUGUUGUUUCCUUCAUUGCCACAUGGACGUACAUGUUUAAGUUUUUCUUACACAGUUACAUGGAGUGGAAGGCAUUAGCUAACUACAAAUACGACAAUGUCAGUUUCUCGCUUUUAAAUUCCAUUUCUUAUUGGUUACAUGACGUGUCACUUUUCGAUAGUGCUUGGAGACAGGUAUGUGUUGGUGCCUGGCAAUGGUUAUGGAGCCAUCAAUUAUGCAGUUUGACUGUUGCUGUUUGGACACCUAUUUUAGCGAUUGAAGGGUCAAGACGCCGUAUUCCCUAUGUUUGGGCUUACAUGAUUUUAGGCCAAGUGGUCGCGAUUUCAGUUGCUUCUUCCUUAUUCUUUGCAGUCAUGCUGGUUUACCCAUCAGGUUUCCACCAGAACGUAUCUAAGAAAUUACUUUGGACCUUAGGAGCAUCUACUGUAGGUGGUAUCAUUACAGUGAUAAUUUCACCAUACGUUGCAUCAACAAGUGGAUUCAUGCCAAAUCUUUUGGUGAUGCAUAUUCUAUUAAUAUUCCCUUUGGCCUCCAAGAAAUUUAUUUACAUGCCACAAUUCGGUUCAAUUUCAACACCUUUAAUCAUCAUUACACUCUAUACAUUCGCAGCUGGAGCCAACCUUUCCAUCUAUAUCAACCAAUGGUUAACUUGUUUGGCAACACUCGAGGUUAAAUCCGGUAGCUUUAUCUGUGAUGUAUAUACUGCCUUAAUUGGAACUUUCUUUGGACAUCCCGCUCAAACCAGUAUCAGUUACGAUAUCGUGUGUAUGCAAGUCAUCUCAGUAGCAUGGAUGCUAAUUAGUAGCAAGAUCCGUGACAAAGAAAUUCCCUCAUGGGUUUUAGGCUUGGUGCUUUUGACACCUGUACUUUCUGCAUCUGUUACUUUGCCUCUCUUCUUUGCAGGUUGCGAAUAUAGAAAUGUUCUCAAAAAUGAUUAA